AUGGAGCCGCCGCCUCCGCCCCCACCUCCACCGCCACCAGAGGACUGCGCCGGGUCAGAGUUCUUUUCAAAGCACACGGCUCACCCUGACGAGGAAGCUACAUUUGCUGAGCACGGCUUUGCACCUGCGCCCGUGAUCGCGCCACCGCGUCCGGCGACUGCAAGCCGGCUGGUGCUCAUUCCUCUGUGCAGAAAGGGAGACAGAUCGGGCAUUGAGCAUGCGAUCCUCAAUGGAGGUGCAUCAGUGGAUGAGGUUGACAUCGAAGGAAACACUCCUUUGCAUGUGGCCGUGGAGGCGCCGAGGAACGAAGUUGCGACGGUGUCGUGCCUCUUGGAGCACAUGGCCAACCCCAACACGGUGAAUUACAUUGGAGCGGCACCGCUGCACUAUGUGUGCCUGAGAAAAAGCAAUUGGCGAGGGAUCGCUAACCUUCUCCUAGAAUAUGGAGCGAACAUCGACUGCCAGACCCUGGCGGGCAAGUCUGCGCUCCACUUUGCAUGCGAGAAUCAGCUUCCUGAACUCGUAGAGGUUCUUUGCCUUUUUGGCGCUGACCCGAACUUGCUGGAUGUUCAGGCAAACACGGCGAUGCAUUUAGCGUUGGCCAAGGAGGGUGGCCGAGACACAGUGAAGCGGCAGAUCCUGGAGUGCCUCCUCUCUGCCUCUGCCCACCACGAGGUCCGCAACUUGAAAGGAAUGUCUCCCAUGCACCUUGCUUGUUCAUCUGGUUGCAUAAGAUGCGUCCAGUUGCUCAUGGAGAUGAAAGCAGACUUUUGUGCUUUGACCUCCCACGGUGAAAGUGGGCUCCACCUCGCAUGUAGUUCCGGGCAGACGGAGGUGGCGCAGUUGUUCGUUCAGACUGCGCCGCAGCUCAUGGAUGCUCAGGACAUGGAAGGCAACACUCCGCUCCACGCGGCCACGUAUGCUGGAAACCUGGACUGCGCAUUGAUUCUUCUCAGGAAUGGUGCUGAGCCGGAGGUCAAGAACAACAAGUCAUUGACCGCGUAUGAUGUCUCGAAAGUCAAGGGGCAGGACCUGGCGAGCACUCACAAUCCUGAACUCGUUCAGGUUCUGAAAGAAGCGCAGAAAGAAAAAGGCUGCCGUCAAUCCUGA